AUGGCCACGGAGCGCUGGAAGACGGCGCUGAGAGUCGACAGCGCUGAUCGCCUUGAAGAGGCUUGGAUCGCCAUCGACUUUUCCAUCGGAGAAGAUGAAAUACUGCGCCACCUAGCUGAUCUCCCGCCUGACCGGCCCAGCACGCCUCUUGGCUAUGAGCUGGAAGACCACCGAGUUCGACACGCCCGCUGGAACACAGCUUUUGUUGCAGAAGCUCGCACUGGACAGUCUCCAGACAUCCUGAAAGCCACUCGGGGCUUUCUUGAGUUUGAUGCGAUCACUAAAGUCACUGAAGCACUUCAAACCCUAUGCGACGAGCAACUGGCAGGUCGCUGCCAGACCCACUCCGUGGCCUACCAGGAGACGUUCUUCAGUGAGGAUGACUACCUGCCGUGUGGUGAAUCCCAACCAAGCUGGACGUCAACGCUACAACUGUGGCAGCACGAAGCACUUUGCUCGCGGCAGAAAGGCAAACCAAAGGGCAAGGGCAUUGGCAACCCCUCACCGGUCGUGAACACCUACAACUCUGAGCUGUACGCGGCCCUUCCGUUCAACAAGGGACUCUUCAACAGUGGAGCCACCGCAUCAGCUGCACCGCAGGAAACCCUUGAAGCCCUUGAAGGCCUAAUCCAGGCCGCGUUGAAGCAAGAUCGCUCAGCUCAUGUCGACGUGGCGCAGAAUGAGAGACCCUUGCUCAGGUUUGGAAGCGGGAAGUGGGGUCACGCACUCUACCGGGUUCGCAUUACCUCGAACGCUUCCGGAGAACCUGGCACUUUUGCGGUCUUUUCCCUGCCGAACCCGGCCGAGUACCACCAUCCGGACUUCGACAAGACGACCUUGGCGCGCGUCUUCUCCGACGACCACCUCUUAAAAACCAUGGAGUACAAGAGCUGGAACUACAACCCGCUCUCGCUGAAGGAGGAAGGUGAUGCAUGGCUGGACCACCAACGUGGCACGGACCUGCAAAGACUGCGCACUAUGAACCCCAAUGAUCCUGGUGAAACACUUUGCGCCGCCUUCAGAUCCUGCUGCACUAUUCCCAUGGAAGACGAUGAGGAGUACACCCCAUCCCUGGGACCACCUGAAGAGGAGGAUCCGACGUCUGCUGCAGAACCACCGGGUCCAAACGAGCUCGACUUGAAGAGACUGACGCUCUUGAAAGAAGCGCACCAGGAAGUCACUGACCUGAACAUCUACGAAGCUCUCCUGGAUUUGUCCUUCUUGGUCCGCAAGAUCAACGCCGCCGAGGUCAAUCUGAAACGGCUGACGCCGAUUGAGCAAGCUCUUUUCCGCUUCGCCAAGGGCAAGGAAGUCAAUUCCUUCAUCAAGAACAUCGCCGUCCACAAGUGCCUGAACGACGAAGAAGUUCGGCAAGCCUACACCUCCGGACGCAUCGUCCGUGCGAGAUGGGUGUUGACAUGGAAGGCGAUUCCUCCUGAUGAACGUGCACUUGCUGCCAAAGAAGCUCUCGAAGAAGGAACUGUUGCGCACCCUGAUGGCACAAAGAAGGCGAAGGCCGAUGAGGAACUUUGGACAACCGGCGUGGCCGAACUGGAGGAAGCGCUUCAAGUUCCACAGAAUGCAAUGCUUCCACAACUGGAGCACGAGGUCAUUGGUUUGACCUUCAUCGCACCUUGGAAAAGUGCGGAGCAAAGAACGCCUACAUUGAUGGCCUGGCUGACCUUCAAAUUGAUCCUGAACGCCUUCGAGGUGAAGGACAGCUCACAAGCGCGGAGAUCAAUGAAUGCGACCCUUGGAGGACUCCAAUGGCUGGCCACUCAACCGCAGUUGAACGCAAGACGCAACCUCCUCAUCUCUGAGCUCCUCACUGACUCAACCCUACAGUCCAUGGUGAUGGAAGUUCGCCGUGACCACUACACCCUGGAAUACUUCCGCAUUCCAACUGCCGCCACAUGGGCAGAUCUGGUCUUCAUCACCUUCGGCGAUCAAGCGCACAACAACAGGCCAAAAGGCGACUCCACCGGUGGGAUGAUCACCACACUGGCUGGCCCAGAAUGCAAAGAUGGCCAUGUGUGCAAGAUGAUGCUCCUCCAAUGGAAGACUUGGAAGCUUCGCCGCAAGGGUGCUCUGGUCAGAUCAACGGUGGUGGACACCUUUGACAAAGUGUCCGAGAAGAUUUGGUUGAGCAGCAAGCUCGACUGGUGGCAGCGCUCCAAGCCUCUCAGCUUCGAGACAGUCUCCAAAGGGUCGGCUCGGAACUUCGAUGGCUGGCGUCGGACUAUGACAAAGAAGAAGGCCGACUGCCGCGAUGGCCUGGAGACCUUCAUGAAGACUGGGAAGCGGCGCAUCCGCUUCGACCCGGAGUUCAACUCCUACCGCCGCAACAAGAAGAGCGGACACACCGCCAGCAAGAGGUGA